GAGUGAUUCCACCCGAACUAACAUACGCAGGCCAUAUCUACGCAUGCCGCAAUCCGCAGACUUGCCUUACGCAACACUUGCGCAGACCACAGAGUUGACCUUCAGACGCUACAUGAUAGGCCGACGCACGCACUGCGCAUUUUUCUUCGUGCAAAUAUCUUUGGCGGCGGGGCUUCAAGCCCGGCCCUGGCCCGGCGACGAUCAGGUCGCGGCAGAUCUCUUGGCAGGAGGCACAGUGAUCGACAUGGCACUUAUUAGGCUGAGGCGCCCGGCACCGCGGCACCGGGACUCGGAGCCAUGUGCUCCACUCGCACUGUAUCAUGGCGAUCUCGUGCCGGCAAGAUUGGAAGGCGAGAGCGUCGAGUCGAGUCGCGAUCAGUGCCUGCGCUCGGAGGCUCGCGGAGGCGCGCCGAGGAUUGCACAUGCUGCGAACAUCUGCAUGGGCUGUGACGUCGUUCGCGGGUGUGUUUCGCCGGCUGGUCUCGUCGGCCCUCGUGAGUCGGCGUACGUCAUUCGCCAUGGUAUCAUGGAGACGGGCGGCAGCGCCUAGCUUGACUCUGGCAGUAUACAAGCAGCGGCGUGCGCACAGAACACCACAGGUAAGACUCUAGAAGGACGUGAUCCGCUCAUGUGGCCCUGCAGUGUGAAGGGGUUGGGCGAUAUGUAGGGGGAGGAAACUGCGGUUGGCCCAUCUAUGGAACCUGGGGUUUGGGCCGGUUGGGCAUGUGGAUGCGGAUGUGGCACCGACAUGCUGAUGUCGCUGACAAGUGGCAGUGCACAGACCGUGGGCUAAGGGGGCGAAGGGAGGG